AUGGAAUAAUAAGAGAGCAAAAAAAUUAGAAUUAAAAAUGCCUUGGGAAAGUUCAAGCAAAUCCUGCUGAACAAGAAGGUAGACAUCAGUGACUUAAAUAAAGAUCACUUGGACAUCGAUGGCUUAUUUGAGAAAACACUGGAGAAUCACAUAUUAUCCUAUAAAAUCAGCGAAGAUUUACCAUUAUUGGAAUUUGAGUAGCCUAUAUAGGAGAUCACAUUAGAUGAAUUGGUGAAUUCAAUGGGUAAUGCUGUAGAUAACACUGGGAAUGUGAGAGUUUGGCCAAGUGAAGAGAUACUAGCAUACUACAUCUACAUCAAUGAAGAUUUGAGAAAAUCUGUGUUAUCCUAGAAAAGAGUGUUAGAACUUGGGGCAGGCUAGAGUGGAUUGAUUGGAUUCAUGAUUGGGUAGCUCUCGAUAGAUAAUAGUGAUAUCAAUAUACAUAUAACUGAUGGCAAUUCUAAAUGUGUUUAAAAUAUAUUCGAAUUGCUUUGGACUAUUGAUGAAAGUGAAAUUCCACUACACGAUACGUAUGACUAUAUUUUCAUUUCAGAUUGUUUAUUCUUUUAAGAUUAUCAUGAUGCUUUAAUCUCUACUCUUAAAAGAUUAGUGAAUCCCAUUGAUGGUAAAAUAAUCAUUAUGGCACCUAAGAGAGGCACCACUAUGUAAAGGUUUAUCGAUAAAGCCUAAAAUGAUUUCAACAUUGAGAUAGAUCAUUGUCCUUAGUUAUAAGAAUUGAUGUUAAGCAAACUGCAAAAGCAGUUUGAGGAAAAAUCAAAAGAUCAUGAUGAUAUGACUCCUCAUUUGAUUACUUUGAAUUUGAAAAAGACCAUUUGA